CAGGUAGAAAAUCUCAGGAAUGGCGUUAACCAGUUCUACCUCCUCUUUGGAACAGCGCUCGUUUUUGUUAUGCAUGGCGGCUUUGCUAUGCUGGCGGCAGGCGCGAUCCGCUCCAAAAACGCCGUUAACAUACUUCUCCAGACAUUGAUGGACGCCUGCGCCUCGGCCCUGAUGUGGUAUCUAAUUGGCUUUGGCUUCGCAUUCGGUAUCGGCGACAAACCCAACCCCUUCAUCGGCGAUGCCAUGUUCGCGUUGGCGCGUGUGACAACUCACAACACGGGAAGUGGCACUGGUCGCUGGCUGGACUUCGUAUUUCAGUGGGCCUUCUGCGCCACCGCCGUGACCAUCCCUGCUGGAUCUGUGGCUGAGCGCUGCAACUUCAACGCCUAUCUAUGUUACUCCACCUUCAUCUCCGCCUUCCUAUACCCCCUCGUGGCGCAUUGGGUGUGGUGCAGCAAGGGUUGGCUUGGGUACGGCACCCUGAAGCCGCUACUGCGGUGCGGCAUGAUGGAUUUUGCCGGCUCCGGUGUUGUACACAUGCUAGGAGGACUCUCAGGUCUUGCGGGUGCCGUGUUGCUAGGGCCCCGCAUGGGCCGCUUUGACAUUGAGAACCAGCCGGUGCCAUUGCCCGGGCACUCGGCGGUGCUGGUAGUGCUGGGAACCGUCCUGUUGUGGUUCGGAUGGUACGGGUUCAAUCCUGUGUCUACGCUCUUCAUCGAUACAGCAGCCGCUGCGGACGUGGCAUCAAGGUCGGCUGUCACUACCACGCUGGCGGGUGCUGCUGGCGGUGUGGGCUGCCUUAUUUGGACUCUGCUGAGAACGCGGACAUUCGACCUCUACGCCCUCUGCAACGGCGUGCUGUGCGGCUUUGUGGCGGUCACCGCUGGAUGCCACGUGUACGAGCCCUGGGCUGCCAUACUUUGUGGCUCAGGCGCAGGGAUCAUCUUCGACCUUGCCUGCAUACUGCUGAUUAAGCUGAGGAUUGACGACCCCUUGGGAGCAGCGCCAAUGCACGGUGGCUGUGGCGCGUACGGCGUCCUGUUUGUGGGACUGCUCGCAAAGAAGGAGUAUAUCAUGCAAACGUACACACGAGAUGGCUAUCCGCACGGACUGUUCUAUGGUGGUGGGGCCCGGCUGCUUGCUUGCCAAGUGAUUGGUGCCCUAACAAUCGCCGGCUGGACUCUGGGCGUCAUGUUCCCGUUCUUCUGGAUCUUAAAGGUGCGCGGUUUGUUGAGGGCCCCUCCAGAGGAGGAGCUGAAUGGCCUCGAUAUCAGCAGG